AUGGAUAUGGAUAUGGAGAUGGACAUUGACAUGGGAAUGACCGAGGAGCUGAUCAUCCCAGAUAUUGACAUUCUCGCCGAACCCAAGGUCUCGGCUCUGCAAGAGACACCAGUCGCCCUUGAUAUCCCCAAUGACACCACAGAAGAGAAUGCGCGCGAAGUUACGCCUCAGAAAGUUCACCUCCGAGGCCUAGACAACCUCACCACCAAAGACAUCCUAGCCUUCGCCUCGGAGCACUACGACCUUCACCGACCUGUACGCGUCGAAUGGAUCGAUGACACAUCUGCCAACCUCAUCUACGACACUCCGGAGAUUGCGCAGGCAGCUUUGGUGGCCUUUGCGGCCGUCGAAGCCCCAGAUGUUUCGCAACUUCCCACUCUACAAGCGAUUCCAGCAAAAGCAUUCCCUCUUCACCCCGACACAAAACUGGUGGUGAGGUUGGCUGUAGUGGGGGAUCGGAAGCAAGCCGGAGCUCGGGAGCGAAGCAGAUUCUACCUCUUCAACCCAGAGCAUGACCCAGCCGAACGGCGCAAGCAGAGUAACAGAGGACCAAGAAAUUAUCGGGACCGAGAAGAUGGGGGAUACCGCAGCCAGCGUUACGACGACAACGAGCAAGAAAGGCGAGAGCGCGAGUCCAACUUCGAUGCUUCCCUCUAUGAUGACGAUGCGGCAGCUAUAGCACAACGGGCAGACAGAAGUACUCGCCGUGGUCCACCCUCUAGUAGCGAGAACCGAGGUCGGGAAGAUCGGGGCGGUCGGUAUCCAAAAGCCGCUGGCAGAGAAUUAUUCCCAUCGCGUGAUGACAGAGGGAGUGGGAGAUUACGCAAUCGAAGUGCCUCUCCGACUCGGGAUAGAGCUGGGGCCCAAGAUAUAGUGGAGGCUCGCAUUGCGGAGAGGAGACGGAUUAACAACGAGGUGGCUUCUGCAAACCGGGUGAAAGCGCAAGCUAUCAAGGCGCAGCUGAGAGAGGCCAGUGCUACGAAGGAGCUCUUCCCCCAGAAAGUUAGCCCCAAGCAUCGCCGUUCAGCGGCUUUCAAUGCCGCCGAUGAGGCAGCCGACUUGUUUGCCAGCAGAAUGCCGGUGCCUUUCAUGGAUGGCAGCUCGGAUAGCCGGGCAAGAGGUGGUUCGUUGGCCUCCAGGAUCACUAUUCGCGGUUCUGCUCUGAGCCCAUCUUCGCAAGGUUUCAACAUUAAAGGAGCUUCUCGAGUGAAAGAGUUGUUCCCUGCUACUCUGGGCGACAAUUCCGGCAAGGAGCUGUUCUCGGAGAAAUUGGAAGGCAGAGGACGGCGGAGACAGAAGGCAGAGGACCUCUUCUACUGA